CAAAGCUGUCAGCGGCGGUCAAGUCUUUUAAAUGGUUUUCAAAAACUCAGUCGCAGUUUCAAUUCAGACCUCAAGUUGUGUAGAUCGCCCAAAAUCUAAAUAAAUUAUCGCCCAAUGGAAAAGGAACCGCACAAUCAGCCUACCGAUGUGAACGGGGAUGACCCACAGAGCAGAGCUACUGCUGAUGUCACACCCGAAUGGUUGGCAGGCGAGUUAUUUGAAGACUUGUUGAAAGACAAGUUUCCGGAGUACAAAUCGAUUGCUAAAUUUGCGGUGCGGCCCGGCGUGAAAAGCGGUGAGAAUUUCAUGACGUUGUUGCAGCGCAUACAUCUGGAUGUGGUAAUGCAAGACGCCACAAAAACCGCAGUUUCCUACAUGGUUAAGACACUACCCACCAACCAAUUUAUACGCAACUUGGUACAAUACUGGCAAAUCUUUGAUAAGGAGAGCUGCACUUACAAUACAUACUUGCCAGCCUUUGAAGAGAUGUACAGGAAUUGCGGCUUGGACGUAAAAUUCGGCCCCAAAGUGUUCCAGCUGCCAGUGCCGGUCGAACACGAAGGCGAAAUUCUGGUUAUGGAGGAUUUGCGUCCGAUUGGCUUCACAAACAUCCAACGACAAGAGGGCAUGGAUAAGGCGCACACCGAAGCGACCUUGCGGAAAGUCGCGCAACUGCAUGCCGCUUCUGCCGUCUACUAUGAUCUCCACGGGCCUUACCCGCAGUUGUACGACAAAUGUUACUGCUGCGAAGUGGACGAGUCCUACCCAGCGCGAGCCACCCGCACUAAGCUGCUGCGCGAAUGUUUGCCACUCUAUGGGGAUGUGUGCCAUCUGGAUGAGAAGUUGCACAGCUUUUGUGAAUUGGCCUGCGAUCCCAAUCAGGAAGCAGUCCCACAACAACCCCACGAGUUUUACGUGCUAAAUCAUGGCGAUUUGUGGUCAAACAAUGUUAUGUUUCGAUACGAUGACAGCGCAGCGAUAAAAGAUACAUAUCUCCUCGACUACCAGUUGAAUUUAUAUGGUUCACCUGCCGUGGACUUGUAUUAUCUUCUGCUAUCAUCAACUAAUUUGGAUGUUAAAGUUAGUCAUUUCGAAUAUUUCGUUUCAUUCUACCAUGCGGAACUGGUGAAGUGCUUGAAAUUGCUGAAAUAUGGGGAGAAAAUACCGACACUCAGGGAUAUCCACGUAGCCCUCUACAGGCACGGAAAUUGGGCUUAUAGUAUUGUCAGCGAUUUGUUGCCUAUCAUACUAUCAGACCAAAGCGAGGACAUCAACGUCGAUGUUUGGCUGGAUGACAAGAAUGCGGACAUGCGAAGGAAGAUGUACCGUAGUCAGCGCUACAUUGACCACAUGACACAACUGCUUCCAUGGCUAGAGACUCGCGGGUUAUUGGAUUUCAUACCUGAGGGCGAAGUAUUUUUAGUUAUUGGUUUCCGAGGGGCCGACAGUGCGUUCACUAAUUGUUCAAAGGAAAAAAUGUCGCUUCAAGAUGCAAACGGAUCGUCGGAUAGCGUUCUAACUGGAAAUGGUCCCCAAUUGCCAGACUGGAUAAAAGCAGAACUGUUCAGCAACUUCCUAAAGGAAACAGUGCCGGAAUUUAGAGACAUCAAAAGCUUCAAAACAAAGCCCGCCGUAGCCCCGGGUGAGAACUAUACCACCAUCAUGCUGCGAAUCGAAAUGGAGAUCAACACGCAAUCUGGCAACGAGAAGACUCUGUCGUAUAUGUUGAAAAUACCACUUGAAUCGAUUAAGGAUCUAAUGGAGAAGCACAACAUCUUUGACGUUGAAUCCAUGAUGUACCGUUCGGUGGUGCCCGAAAUGGAGCAGAUGUACCGUGACGCCGGAGUCGAAGUUAAAUUCUCCGCCGGCUACUACGACAUCCAGACGCCAUCACAAUUUGGUGUCAUACUGCUGGAAGAUUUGCGCCAGCGUGGCUUCAAAAACAUCAACCGCCUUGAAGGGCUCGACAUGGAACACGCAAAGUGUGCGCUGAAGAAGCUUGCUCAAUGGCACGCAGCUUCGGCCACGAGGGUCCAGUUGAUGGGGCUUUAUCCUGCAGUAUUAACAUCUGGGUACUUUACGGACGAACACUACGAUCUGAUGAAGCAAAUAUAUGAAAAUUUAGGCAAUGUAUUCCUGAGCAGCGCAAAAACAUUCAACGGAAGUGAAGAAUACAUUGAAAGCUUGGAAAAAUUUAAUUCGCACUACUUUGAUAGUUUCUUUAAUGCUGGCAAAGUUGAUCCGAAUGAGUUUAAUGUUUUGAACCAUGGAGACUGCUGGUCCAACAAUGUCAUGUUUCAAUACGAUGCGUUUGGCAGGAUCAAAGAAACAUAUUUCGUGGAUUACCAAAUUCCAAAGUAUGGCUCGCCAGCUCAGGACUUGUACUACCUCAUCCUUUCGUCUACGAGCUACGACUUGAAAUUGAAGCAAUUCGAUUAUUUCGUAAAAUUCUAUCAUGAAAAUCUGGCGGAGAGUCUCACUCUCUUGAAGUAUCCCAAGCAAAUACCAAAACUGAAAGAUUUACACAUCCAUUUACACAGAACCAACAUUUGGGCUUAUACGACAGUCACUGGCGCUAUGGGCGCCGUAUUGUUGGAUCUCACUGACAAAGCCGACGUCGCAGCCCUAGUCGGGGAAAAUGAAGCCGGGAAUGAAUUUAAGAAGCAAAUGUACACCAGCGCCAGAUUUCGAAGGCACGCUGAGGUUAUCCUGCCGUGGCUGUUCAAUCGCGGCGUGUUGGAGUGCUGAACAUACAUAUGUAUGUAUGUAUGUACAUAUCACACUAUAAAUACAAAAUAAUCGAAGACCUAAACUUUUGAAAAUCGCUUUUCCGUAAUAUUUCUUUAUUGGCGCUAAUGUCGUUGCUUCUUCUUGUUCUACAGCUUUUUAGUACUCCUAAAAUUUCAUAAGUUUUGAGUUGCGACUGCUUUGCAUUUAGUGUAGGGCUGUAAAAGUAAAGAAUAUUUGGAUAGCCGUAUGUAUUCGUUACUAAUCCAAUCAACACCCGUUACUUUCAUAUCGUUACUUUACUCGUUACUUUUGAUAAAAGCAUUUGUACCUCACACAACUCAUCGC